CGGCGGCGCCUCUGCCCGUCCCGCUCCCGCCCCGCUCCGACCGCGGCUUCCCGGGGAGAGGAGCCCGCAGGACCCCUCCUUUGGGACCCAUAGCAAAACUACAAAAGAGACUGGAGUCAGAGAACAAAAAACUAACCUUCACCAAUUUGCCAACCUAAAAGGAAACACAACGGAGUUCAUACAACAUGUCUGUGCUGUCCAACAAUCAUUCUGCCUCAUCGCAAGAAAUCCACAAUGCUGAAACAAUUACUGGGUCAAGGACACCAUCUCAACACACAGCAUCAACAUCUAAAAGUCUCUCUUCCAGCCCUGCAAUGGAAACCCGCCUUGUGCUGUCAGAAAGCUCUGACGAGGAUGAAGAAAACCCAACGAAAAAUCCGUUUACAAUCCCAUCAGAUGCUGAUAUUUUUGCACUAAGGGACAAGGAAAUCAAAAAGGCAAAGGCGGAACAUGAAAGGAAGAAGACCUUGAAAGUCCAUGAGAAAACUACUUACUCCACUAAAAUAAAAGAAAAAAGUGGGUUGAUGAAAGCUCUGAAAAAGGAGGAAGAAGAGGAGAGCAGAAAACAGGCAACAAGUGAAGAGAGACUGAAAGUUCUUCAGGAGAUUCUCUCACGGAAGUUAGGCAUGCAAAAAGACUACGCAUUAGAAAGGGAGACCUUCCAUGGCUACCUAAAUGACAGAAGAGAGAUCUUUUUUCUUGAGUAUGCCAUGGCAGUGAAGCGAGAUGAAAUUAAAAAGAUGGAGGACAUAGCAAAGAAUGAGGAAAAAAAACUGGAAAAGGCUGAGAAAAGGAUGGAGAAGGAUGCUGCCAUGUUUGAGGAGUUCCUGCAGGAGAACCAAAAUAGCUCUGUCAAAGCCCUGAAAAUGGCAAAAGAAGAAACCUCAGCAAAGAGAAAGAAAAUAAUGGAGCUCCGGGCAAUCAAUUCCCAAAUAACGAAGGUCCAAGGUGAUAUAUCCAGAAUUCAGGAUACUCUGCAGGAGUACAAGAUGUACAGGGACAUCCUCUAUCAGCUGUCUCCAAAAGAGUGGCAGAAGGAACACGGAAAAAAGCACAAAAAGGACAAGGAUUUGAAAACAGAAUCCAGAGCUAAUGAAGGGAGUGCCUCAUCUGCCCCUGGGGCAGAGCAGGACCAGGGUGUGACAGCCAGGACUGCCCAUACCAUCAGUUUUACAGAUAUGCCAAGUUCCCUGCUGUAUUCAGAGAGUUUGGAUUCCAGGUCACGUGAUAUCAGGCCACAGCUCAAACAGUUUCUGAAGCCUCUCUUAACAAGAGAACUAAGUUCCUUGGAGGAAGGAGAAAAUGAAAUCAGCUCGGAUGAAGAUGAGGAGCCUGAGCUGUAUUUUACUCAUCCCGAACAACUGCUGAUUACUUUCAUGAAGAUGCAGGAUGAGAACAUAUCCUUCAUCCGGAAUUCCCAGGAUAUUGAGGAAAAAUGGAACAAGGUCCAGCACACUUUCAUCACCACACACGAAAGCAUGGAGAAGGAGCUAGCAGAGCUGAAACAGGAGGUAAACACCCUGCAGUCCGCUGUCGCCCAGGAAGAAGAGAGAAUAGCAGAUCUGAAGCUCAGAGUCCACCUCUUUUCCUGUGGAGAACAUGAAGCUAAUGACCAGGACCAAAUGCUCGCAAGCCUGAAGAAGAAGGUGCUGGAAGUCUAUUCCCAAUGCACUGGAGACAAUGAGACAAACCUGAAGACAAUAGAGAUGCUAAAAGUAAUAGAAAAACAGCUCAAUGAUUUACUGGAUAACCUGGAGGGAAUUCCAUCAUCACAGAUAGAAAAGGCUCAGAAAGCCAUAAAAAAGGAAAAGAGGGCAAGGCUCAGAGAGGAAAAGCUGAAACAGAAGCAGCAGCAGGAGGAAGGAUUGAAAAGGGACAUGGAAAGAUUCCAGGCAACUGUAGAAAAAAAGAAUGGCAGGAAGCUGUUGUUUCAUUCCAAUCCACCUGCCAGGAAGGAGAAGACGACCACCCAAGAACAAAUAGAUAAGGAGAAGGAAGAACAAAUGUAUUAUUUCUCUUGACAGCACAGCCUCAAUCACAGCACGUAGGGCUGAAGCUGCUCUAGAACUAGUCUUGUAGAUCUACAUUCUGUCUUUGCGCAGUUGAACAACUUCAGUCCCAUGAAACUUCCUUCUUCCCCUAUUCUAAGACUCCAGGGAAAAUUUGCAGCCUCUUUUCCCGCCCAUUGAUAUUUUGCCUAAGAAAAGAAAUAAAAAUUAUCUUAUUUUGCUUCUCA